UUUCGUGUUUUUUUGAGAGCGAAUAUUCCAGAGUGCCGCUUACUGCUAGUGUGGCGGAAGAGACAUAGUGUAGUAAUUUAAGCCGACUGUUUCAUUGAAAAGGUACACCACGUUUUUUUCCCCCAAACAGUCCGGUUCAAAACAUUAACGACUUCUUUCGAGAUUGUGUUGCAAUGGAUAUUGGAGAACAGAUUCUUCAAUUACAAAAUGACCUUGAUGAGGUGAAAUUAUUACUUGAGAAAGUAACAAGGAAAAGGAUUCGAGACAUCCUAGUUUCUGAACAGAAGAAAAUUGAGACAGAGAUAUCUAAGAAGCAGCAACAGCAGCAAAAGUUGUUAAAAGAGAAAGAAGAAAUGGAAAAAACUUUACACAGCUCAGUUUCCAAAGGAUACACUGUAAAAAUCAAUAAUUAUGGAUGGGACCAAUCUGAUAAGUUUAUAAAAAUUUAUAUAACACUAAAUGGAGUUCAUAAAAUUCCUGCAGAGAAUGUGGAAGCUACUUUUUCAGACAGGUCAUUUAUGGUCCUCAUAAAAGACCUCGAUGGAAAGAAUCACCAGAUGACUGUGAACAACUUGCUGAACUCCAUUGAUCCACAGGAGAGCUACCGUAAGGUUAAAACGGACAUGGUACUAGUUAUGUGCAAAAAAAAGACUUCAAAAAAAUGGGAAUUCUUAACUCAAGUGGAAAAACAGGCUAAAGAAAAACAAAAACCAUCAUUAGAUGCAGAUGCUGAUGCUGAUCCUAGUGAAGGACUAAUGAAUGUUCUAAAGAAGAUCUAUGCAGAAGGAGAUGAUGAGAUGAAGAGAACUAUUAACAAGGCCUGGGCCGAGUCAAGAGACAAGCAGUCUAAAGGAGAAGAAAUGGAAUUCUGAUGCAGAAGUUGUAAUCUUGUAAAUAUUAAUGUAAACAAUGAUUUGAUUUUAAAAUGUUCAUCUUUAAUGCCUUAAUCUUUAAAUUAAAAUUUGUCAAAACACUUCA